AUGGAUUUCUUAAAUUCAUCUGAUCAAAACUUGACCUCAGAGGAACUGUUAAACAGAAUGCCAGCCAAAAUUCUUGUGUCUCUCACUCUCUCCGGGCUGGCACUGAUGACAACGACCAUCAACUCCCUUGUGAUUGCUGCAAUUAUUGUGACCCGGAAGCUGCACCACCCAGCCAAUUAUUUAAUUUGCUCCCUUGCAGUCACAGAUUUCCUUGUAGCUGUCCUGGUGAUGCCCUUCAGUAUUGUGUAUAUUGUGAGAGAGAGCUGGAUCAUGGGACAAGUGGUCUGUGACAUUUGGCUGAGUGUCGAUAUUAUCUGUUGUACCUGCUCCAUUUUGCAUCUCUCAGCUAUAGCUUUGGAUCGUUAUCGGGCAAUCACUGAUGCUGUUGAGUAUGCCAGGAAAAGGACUCCCAAGCAUGCUGGCAUUAUGAUUACAAUAGUUUGGGUUAUAUCAGUUUUUAUCUCCAUGCCUCCUCUAUUCUGGAGACACCAAGGAACUAGCCGAAAUGAUGAGUGUGUCAUCAAGCAUGACCACAUUGUUUCCACCAUUUACUCAACAUUUGGAGCUUUCUACAUCCCACUUGUAUUGAUUUUGAUCCUCUACUACAAAAUAUAUAGAGCAGCAAAAACAUUAUACCACAAGAGACAAGCAAGCAGAAUUGCAAAGGAGGAUCUGAAUGGCCAAGUCCUCUUGGAGAGUGGUGAGAAAAACACUAGACUGGUCUCCACACCCUACAUGCUAGAAAAGUCUCUAUCUGAUCCAUCAACAGACUUUGAUAGAAUUCAUAGCACAGUGAAAAGUUCCAGGUGCGAGUUGAAGCAUGAGAAAUCUUGGAGAAGGCAAAAGAUCUCAGGGACAAGAGAACGAAAAGCAGCCACCACCCUGGGAUUAAUCUUGGGUGCAUUUGUGAUAUGUUGGCUUCCUUUUUUUGUAAAAGAAUUGGUUGUUAAUGUUUGUGAAAAAUGUAAAAUUUCUGAAGAAAUGUCAAAUUUUUUGGCAUGGCUUGGUUAUCUCAAUUCCCUUAUAAAUCCACUGAUUUAUACAAUCUUUAAUGAAGACUUUAAGAAAGCAUUCCAAAAACUUAUGCGCUGCCGAUGUUAG